CUGUCUUAAGUUUACUGUUUAGAAACCAAAACGUAUAGCUCGUCUAAUUAACACGGCAUGAUACUGUUUUAAACCAGCAUCUUACGAUGAGUUGAUCACCAAAUGGAAGCUACAAUUAGCAUCAUAUACUGACAAACCAGCAAAUUACUUAUAUAAUUACAUCGUUUCACUAAUUAAUCCAUUUAGUGACAGUACGUGAGGGACAUCAGUGGUAAAUGAUAUAAAGUUUAACAGCAUCAUAGACGUACUUAUAAGAGGAUAGAUCAACUCUGGAAUGGUUGACCAAAUCAUUGAAAUUGUAGUUCUGGGUUAGGCAGUGCAAUAGGCAUAUCAUCAUGACGGUCACGUUUUCUGCAUUGGAGACACUGGUGGACCAUGUGUUGGAAUUCUCCCAUAUAGGAUUAUGUAUCGACGCCAACGUGCAAACCAUUUACGUAGGAAGACUCAGCAACUUGGAGAACAAACUAAAAGAGUCGGGGAAAAGUGUACAAAGUUUUGUCGUUCAACCUGGAGAACAAUCAAAAUGCAGAGAAGGGAAAUCAAAAAUGGAGGACUUUUUCUUGAAACAUUGCUUUCCUCGGAAUGGGAGUUGUUUAAUAGCGAUAGGUGGCGGUGUUGUCGGAGAUUUGGUGGGUUUUGUUGCUGCCACCUAUAUGCGAGGGAUUGCAUUUGUUCAAGUGCCAACCACUUUACUGGCGAUGGUGGAUAGUAGCAUUGGUGGCAAAGUAGGCAUUGAUCACCCUUGUGGCAAAAACUUGCUUGGAGCGUUCUACCAUCCUCUCCUCACUCUUAUUGACGUGUCCUUCGCCAUGACCUUGCCUCAAACUGAACUCAGCAACGGAAUGGCAGAAGCCAUCAAAACCGCUCUGGUGGCUGACCAACAGCUUUGGGCGAUGGUGAAAGACAAUGAUAUAAACUCUUGUAAAGAUAUCGAGUUUCUAACAAAUGUCGUGAAACACGCAUCAUCAGUAAAAGUGGACAUUACGACAAGUGACAAUAAAGAACAAGGUCUGGGUAAAGUACCAAGACAAGUGUUGAACUUUGGCCAUACUAUUGGGCAUGCGAUUGAAAUCGUAUCUGGUCUUCCCCAUGGUCAAUGCGUUGCCAUGGGUAUCGCUUGUGAAAUCAUGCUAAAUGGAGCCAAUGGCGAGGGAUUGGUACCAUGUAUGCUACAAGCAGACAUUAUACGAACACUUGAACGAUAUCGCCUCCCAGUCUUCAUUCCAGCCCAUCUGAAAAUCGAGAACAUCAUGUUUUCUUUGAAAUGGGACAAAAAGUGUGGAAAACUUGCCACGAUUAAAGGAGUUCAAAAGCCAGUGAUCAUCCAAGUGAAUAAAGAUGAUAUUAUAAAGGUCGCUACUCAAAGGCAACUUACACCUGUCAAAGAAAUACUUUUAAAUGGUACCCCAGACACACAAGUGGAUAACAACAAUGGGACGAAAUCCUCAUCAUUCGACACUGUUAAGAUCUACCAAGGUUACCAACCUGUAAUACUCAUUGGUAUGAAAUGCUCAGGAAAAACCACAAAUGGACGGUUUAUUUCAGCAAACACGGGAAAACAGUUUAUCGAUAUGGACGAAUACUUUACUACGCAAAAGAACAUCACUCCUGGUGAAUGGAUUCAGAUUCAUGGUUUCUCGAGUUUCCAUGAACAAGAAUAUGAGUGUCUUAAAGAUGUCAUUGCCAUGGGAACAUAUGAAAUAAUUGCUACGGGUGGUGGUGUAGUUGAACAUCCUAAGAGCAGGGCCAUUUUGAAGGCUAAAAAGUAUGUGAUCCAUUUGAAGCGUCCUUUGUCGAAAAUCGAGGCUGACUUGGCAGACGUGACCUUGCCUUACAAACAAAGCCUCUCAGAUGUAUGGGAAUAUAGGAAAUCAUUGUACGAUGACUGUGCAACAUAUGUAUAUCAUUCAAGAGAAACAUCCGAAAAUGUAUCACCGUCAGCAUUACGACAUUGGCUGGAUAAUAUUUUACAACCGAGAAGCGUUCCGACGGAAUCUUUCAUGCUUUGUUUUGACCCUGUUGAUAUAUCAAUACAACCGCUGGCAAUGAGCCGCGCCGCAAUUGACGCUGAUUUAGUUGAACUAAGAGCUGAUCUAUUGGAACCUCUUGAUGAAUCCACCCUCGAGAGCGCAAUCACGGGUCUGCAAGAUCUGACUAAUAAACCCAUACUCCUAACAUUCAGGAGUGUUAGCGAAGGUGGUGCUUUUAUUGGUGAUCCUAGGGAGUAUAUCAACCUAGGACUGCGACUUGGGGUUGAGUGGAUUGAUAUAGAGUUAUCAUGGACAUUCAAAGUUGAUCGACGUCACGCUAGAGUUAUCGGCAGUUAUCAUGCAAUCACUUGUGACGGUAUUCGUGCCGUGGUUUGUCAAGGAUUGGCUCGACACAAACCUGAUGUUGCAAAAAUAGUUUUACCUGGCAACGAGGAUGCUGAUGCAGCUGACACACUGAACCAACUUCAAAAUGAAACUCGUAUCCCAUGGAUCGUUAUCACUAAAGGGGGAGACAUAUCAAGCCGAUUCUCUAGAGUUGUGAACAAGUGCCUAACACCCGUGUGUGAUCCAUCUUUGACAUUAACAGAUAAAGGUCAACUGAGCAUUCGAGAGAUCAAGGCAAUUAGAAGCACUCUAGACGGUACUUCAAGGCGUAAAAAAUUCUAUUUAUUUGGAGAUAAAUCUGUCGUGAAUUCACCCUCUCCUUGGUUGCAUAACACAGCUUUUGAACACGGCCACAUCGAUGCAAUUUACAACAUUUGCUAUGAUCCGAAGCCCACCAUUAUUGACAAGCUCAAAGAUGGUGAUUUCGGUGGUGCAAGUGUGACGAUUCCAUAUAAACUUGAAGCAAUGUCUUGGGUCGAUGCAGUUGACCAAUGUGCUGUAGAUAUAGGUGCCAUUAACACCAUCUAUUGGCAUGGAGAGGAACUACGAGGUUGUAACACAGAUUGGGAGGCGAUAUACAAGAUCUUAAGGGAAGUCAGUCCGCAAUCUGUGGUUAUUCUAGGGAGCGGGGGAACUGCAAGGGCGGCUGCAUAUGCUUGCAAUCAGGCUGCCAUUUCUUUUACAGUGUGUGCUAGAAACGUGAAAUCUGCCGAGCAACUGGUUUCCUCUUUUAAUGGUGUGGGUGUUUUAACCUUAGAAGCACUAGAGGGUGACCACGCUUUUGCCGAAUCCUCAGACACAAUGAUCAUCAAUGCCCUUCCUGGCACAGUUAAACCCCCCGUAAAUGCAUUCAAAGAAGGUUCUACAUGGAUGGAUUGCAGUUAUGGAAAUCCCCCAAGAGACAAGUUCCAAUACAUCGAUGGCUAUAAGAUGCUUGUGUUGCAAGCAGAGGGUCAAUACAGGAAAUGGUUUAACGAUGAAAUGUCCAUACAAAAAUGUUACAGUGAGAGCAUGAACGAUUUUAUUACGUAUAAACAGUAAAAGACUGGUAAAGCCACUGCAACUUCUACAAACGUGUCUUGAUGUGGAAAUCCAUGUAGACAUAAUCACUUCCGCAAACCGUAUACAGCCAUGUGAUUGUAUUUUCCAAAAUAUAGAUAUCCAAAGGCAUAUGCAUCGCUUUGUCGACAUUCCUAUAUCAAAAUUGCUAGUGUCCAAAUAUUAAUUUGUGUGUUCAUCUAUCAUUUGUUGUAUACCCACUUGCUCAGAAAAUCAUGUGCAGCGCCAUAGAAUACUAGUAUCCAUGAUCUCUGGUAUUGGUCACGUGACUUCAAUAUUUUAGUAUUUGUUAUUUUGCGAUUUUCAGUAUUCUUGGCUUCAAAAUACUCGUUUGAUCAAAAUAAAAAGAAUUCUUGGUGAUUACAUACCAACAAUUUUAAGCAGCCAGGUAUUUAUACCUUACUUAUAACCGGGAGGAAUUGUAAUUCCAUUUUCAGCAUUUGAUCGAAAAUCAGUUUUUGAUGAUUUUAAACAAUGGUUUUAGAAAAUAAAUAUAUUUGUAAACAUCUAGUAUUAACUAAUAUUUAAAAAGUUGUGAGCAUUAGAUGAUACACACAUAAUCUAUUAUUUAUAAAUAAGAAAGAGCAACAUUGCCUAUUUCUGUUCUACAUAUAAAUAUACAUUUAUAUAUAGUCUACACAUUUUCUGUAAAAUAUUUACUGUAAUAUUAUA